AGACCACAGAUCACUGUAUCUCUCCACUCCCUCUCUCCCUCUCUCUCAUCCCUUCAAGUGCUAGCGCUUUCGUUUUGUCCGGAACCCGAAUUUGAUCGCCCGGCUCACCGAUCAUCUCCUUUUGUCCUCAAUCCCUCAUCUCUCCGCUUUUAAAACACAAGCUCGGGUUUGAUACCUAACUUUUGCUGCUGGCAGCAUACCUUGCAGUGUGUCUGAGAAGUGUUUGACGUGAGCCACCACUCAUAUCAGAAACUGGAAUAUUGUUUAGCAUCCAUCAUACACACUUUAUUCAGUGGAAUAGAUUUGCCCUGAUGCAAGGGCAAAGGAUUACGUUGGAUUCCUUCUCUGAAGUGGUCGAUAUUAGGCAGGGCUCUGUUCCUAACAGCACUGGUAUGAGUCAGCAGACUUCUUUGAAUAGCGCUCUAGCUCCUGUAGAAAGGGUAUUAUCAAAUUAUAGAGUAUCUUCUGGUGAGACAACGUGUCUGAAUGCUAGUACUCAUGAUGUUCCAAGCUUUAGUGGCUGGAAUACAGGUGAAACUAGCUCUAGAAUGAAUCCACAAAACCAAGUGAAUAAUGAUGGGAUAAAAAUUGAACAAGGGUGGUCUUCCUCACUCGAUAUUCAUUCUGGGGCUGAUCCAAGGUUGGAGGAAGGGCCAGUUGAAGUAAAUAAUAUUCCUUUUCCUGGGAGACUUAAUAUUGGCCUUGGUGGCAAUCGGGUUAGAAGAGGACCUUUGUUCAUGGAAGGCUCCAGUUCUUACCAUGUCCCUCAAAAUGUGAAUCUAAAUGCAGAUUAUUUGGGUUACAGUGGGAAUAGUGGCCGGGUUAUAGGAUCUGGUCUAGGCCUAAACCUUAACAAGUCAAGUGGAGUAGAAAUAGAGCAGGCAUCUUCUGCCAGCGGUUCAUCUGAUAAUGUUGGGUCUUCAUCUGGAAGCUCCAGCUAUAUGGCGGAGGACAGUACUGGUGGCUCAGGCUCUUCUUUGGGGACCUGGGGUUUAUCCUGCAAGAGAAAGGCUCUUGAAGGGACUCCUGGGCAGUCUUAUCCUGGUGGAAGUUCUAACUCCUUUCAGCAGGCUGAAAAUGUUGAAUGGCAUAGUGGCUUAUUUACACCCUCACAGGAUUCUCCUAAUGUGAGUCCUCCAGAACAGCAGAACCUAAGCAUUGGGAUUGGUAUAAGAGCAGCUUCUGAUGCCUAUCCUUCUUUACAUGUUACAGGUAAUGCAGAAAUCCCCUUCAGAAACUUCAGUAGGAGACCAAGUUCUGGAAAUCAGCAGGAAGCAGUACCACUUAAUUUAUCUUCAACAGGGAGUAUUAGGCAUUCAAAUAUUUUCUCCCCUCAUCAAUCAUCUAGAUCUGUUCCAUUAGGUGAAUCUGUGGACUUGAGACCUUCAGCAGUAGUCUCAGCUAGUUCGAGUGGUCUCCAAAGCCAGGCUCAUGCUAUUCAUAUUCCUAGUUUUUCAGGAAACAUGCAUCCUUUUCAUUGGAAUGGGGCGUCCACUUCAAGAGUGGGUGGCUUUUCAAAUGCUCUAAACGCAGGAGAAGGAGGCCCAGUGUUGAGAGAAGAAUCAAACUUAAGAAGCAUUGCAAGAAACAAUACAGAGCACCCCAUGUUUGUACCUGCAACUGAUGUGAGAAAUUCUGCAAAUGGUCCAACAAGUUGGAGUUUGGCUUCUAGAAAUAUAGGCAAUUCUGGAGGUGUUCCUUCCACUGUUAGAGUUGGUCCCAGUUCAAGCAUCCAUUCGUUGCCUAAUCCUACCUGGAUUCCUCACCACGAUCCCCCAGCACGAAAUCUGUAUAGACUAUCAGAAUUUUCCUGGUCUUUGUUUCCCCCAAAUGACUCAGAAUCUGGAGGCCAUAGUGGUCAUUUUACCUCAUUACCUCCAGGCCCUUCUACUUCUUCACAAGAUACAGUGAUGUCAUCUGGACUUAAUAGCCAGGGGCAUCACCAACAAUAUCCGAGGUCAGCAGUCUUCAUGGAGAGACAAGCUGACGAUGUUCUUGGUGUGCCUCAUUCUAUGCGAGCUUUAGCUGUUGACAUUGAAGGUAGACGACGACUGAUAUCUGAGAUUCGACAAGUCUUGAGUGCCAUGCGUAGGGGUGAGAACUUACGAGUUGAGGACCAUAUGCUUUUUGACCCGUUUAUAUAUCAUGGCAUGGCCGAUAUGCAUGACAGGCACAGGGAUAUGCGGCUUGAUGUUGAUAACAUGUCUUAUGAGGAACUGCUGGCAUUGGAAGAACGCAUAGGAGAUGUGAGCACUGGACUGGGCGAGGAUACCAUUUUGAAGCUAAUGAAACAGCGAAAACAUGCAACUGCUGCGAUGGAAUUCCUUCCAGACUUGGAACCAUGCUGUAUCUGUCAGGAGGAAUAUGCUGAUGGUGAUGAUCUUGGGACACUCGAUUGUGGGCAUGAUUUCCACACCAACUGCAUCAAACAGUGGCUAAUGCUGAAGAAUCUAUGCCCCAUUUGUAAAACAACGGCCGUGUUUACAUGAGAGGGAUAGCCAUCAUCGCCUAAUCCGCAAAAUUAUAAUUUCCUUGCCAGAUGGAUCAAUAAACCCAAAAUUGGUUGGAUAAUACCUUAAUACUCUCUCUGAAAGCAGUUAUCUUGUUCACGAACUGCAUGGUUUCAUGAAAACAAAAAGGUGAGGCCCUUUUUUUUUUUUUUCUUUUUUUAAGAAUGUUGCUUCAAUCAUAAAGGAUUUGUCUAUACCUUAGCAACGAAUCAUCCAUAUCGAAAUGCGAAUUAUAUAUA